GUUUAUCUUCCCCCCUACUCGUAUGGGUCCAGAGAGCCAGUUUAGUGACUUCCUGGAUGGACUAGGCCCCGCCCAGAUCGUAGGCCGACAGACACUAGCCACUCCCCCCAUGGGUGACAUCCAUGUGGGUAUGGUGGACAGAGGAGGCCAACUAGAGGUGGAGAUCAACCAGGCCAGAGGACUGACCGCUAAACCAGGGUCAAAGAACAUCCCAGCGACCUAUGUAAAGGUGUAUGUGUUGGAGAAUGGGGCGUGUCUGGCUAAGAAGAAGACCAGAGUGGUGAAGAAGACUCUAGACCCCUCCUACCAUCAGGCCCUGCUGUUUGAAGAGAGUCCUCAGGCCAAAGUCCUACAGGUGAUUGUGUGGGGUGACUAUGGGAGGAUGGACCACAAGUGUUUCAUGGGCAUGGCUCAGAUCAUGCUGGAUGAGUUGGACCUUGGUGCCACGGUGAGCGGAUGGUACAAGCUGUUCCCCACCUCGUCUCUGGCUGACCCCAGCAUCGGACCCCUCACACGGCAACUGUCCCAGUCCUCACUGGAGAGCUGUGCCACCAGCCCCUCCUGUACCUAG